UGUUGUACUGUGGUCGUGUGUAUUGCUCAUUUAUUUAUUUGCGUGAUUAUCUGUGAUAAAUUGAUAAUGCAUAUUAGUUUGAAGAAAUCCGUGGAAAUGAGAGAAAAACACUCUUGGGUGGAGACAGGCACAACAAUCUUCGCAUUCCUGAACGUUAUUUCAGCCAGCAUCGGAGUCCUAAUAUGCCUGAACGUGCUCACCAUGUACGUGUUCGAGGCGGUCACCCACACCGACAAGAUCGACACAUUCAUGUGGUCUGCGUGUGUCGGCACUAACUUUGUCGCCAUCGUGUCCUUGGGGUUUGCCGUGCUGCUGUAUCUCGGUAUUAACAAGAACAAGCCGUGUUUCAUACUAGCAUACUGCAUCUUCGGAGUCACCGUAGUAAUUUCAAUAGUCUGCGGACUAGUGCUCAUCCAUCAACAGAAUCUGGGCAUAGAGAAGAAAUUAAGAGAAGUUUUCUGUGAAUAUUACGAGCCCGUUGUAUAUGCUACUGUUGGAAUGUGCGUUGUGUAUGCAUUAUUGCUUACUAUGAUCUGCCGGACCUGGGUUUUGAUGACAUCCUGGCCUUCAGGCGACCGAAGGAAACUUGUCAACGAUUACUAUGAAUCCGAGUGGAGAUCAGAAUGACGGUUAACUGCCUAAUUCGCUAGAGAAGAAAUAACUG